AUGCGCCUGCAGUACACCAAGCCUCCACAGCGGCGGAGCCUCUGGCCGGGACUCGUCCUGCCGAAGAAACGAAUAAAGCACAAGACAACGUACGGUACUCGUUUUACAAGAGCGCGCGGCGAGAUCCGGCAGCUACUCACAAAGCAGCUUCAGUCAAUUUCCGGCAAGGAAACCGCCGCAAUGAAAUGGACCGCGGAGUCUUUCUACACUCACGUCGCCAAAGAGUACGCUGUGUGCCUCGACGGCUGGCCGCAGCAUCUCGUCUUUGCGAAUCUCAGUGAUGUCCCGGGCGGCAUCGCCAUGUUACAGGAUCUCCUCAGCCGCAUCCACCGCGGUGUUCUCGUGUUCACAAAGCUCUCAGAGGACGAGCAUAAAGCACUCACCGUGCAGAGUGCUGCUCCAGGAAAGUUUACGCCGCGUCCACCCCGGGCUCAACGGCGGGAUUAUGGUGUACAGCGCGUGCCGCCCUGGCUCCGACUGUCGAGGCCGCCCCGGAAGGUCUGCGUGGGCCCCAAGAGUAGCGAGUAUGUCGAAGACUCGGACGCGUAUGAUUCCGAAGUUGAGGAGAUCGAGAGUGUUGCGGGGGUGGCUGAUGACGGUGGUCUAUCGGAGAUUGAGAGCGCGUCGGGAUUUGAUGACUGA